GUCUCAGCACCUUGCUCUUCCCUCAGCUUGCCUCAGCAUCUCUGCUCUCACACCUCCACCUGCAACAUGGCCUUCGCUGGAAAAUGGGAAACUGAAACCCAGGAGGGAUACGACGCUUUCUGCAAGCUGCUCGGUAUCCCCGAUGACGUCAUUGAGAAGGGCCGUGACUACAAGCUGAUCACAGAGGUGACCCAGGAUGGCGAUAACUUCACCUGGACCCAGAUCUACCCCACAAACGCCAAGGUCUCCAACACAUUCACCAUUGGCAAGGAGUGCGACAUGGAGACCAUCGGAGGAAAGAAAUUCAAGGCCACAGUGAAGAUGGAGGGAGGCAAGCUGACCACAACCUUCCCCAACUACCACCACACCUCUGAGAUCAGCGGAGGCAAGCUCAUCGAGACCUCCAAAGCCGGGCCUGCAGAGCUGAAGAGAACCAGCAAGAAGAUCUAACUGCUGACUGACAUUAAACCUCUUUAACAGUUACAAUGGAGACCUCAGAACUACAACUACU